CGCCCCCCAGCAGCUCCGUCAAGGCGGCCGUCCGCAUCUUCGAGCAACAGCAACAGCAGCCGCAGAAACAGAAGGAGAAACAGAAGCAGAAGCUGGUGGCAGCCCGUAACGGCAUGGUGCACGUGCCGGGUGACUGCAGCGCAGAACUGCUGCGUGUGAUUGCGAGCCUGCGCUCAUCGGCCACCACCCGCAGUGUUCUGCUGCUCCGGGACCCUGGCAGCACUGCUACUGCCACCACCAUUGGACCGGCUCCCUGCGCUGGCAGCAUCAGUGGCCGCCGUCGCGUCAGGCCUCGCCUCGAGGUCGCCUCUGCCGCUUCUAAACCCGCGAUCCCAAUGAAGCCUAUGGGAGAUGAGAAAGUGGCUGCACAGGAUGUACCUGAAGUCCCUCAUGGCUGUGAGACCGUCCCAAAUGGUGGAUACUUGGGGCGGAAGGAGAUGUUCUCCCUCCUGACCCAAUCAGAAGGAAAGAGCAAAGCCAGGGAAACCUCUGACCAAAGCCAAAGCACCUCAAAUGGUGUUGGAAGCAAACCAGUGAGGAGUCCUACAUAUGUCCGAACGGUGGCUCGGCCCUUGCCAGGAAGCAGGUUGUCAGUCGCUGGAACAGUGAGUCCACUGGAUUCUCCAGAGGAACAAGAUUCUCCAGCAAGUGUGGUACAUGAUGUGAAGCCAAACGCUUCUUUCCUUUGGCGAUCAAAUCAACCGGCAAAACUGACAACAGUGAGCAGCACUGAUGUUUACAGGACUGAAGAGGAUAAUGGAAAACAGGCUACAUCGAAUGAACAACAAAAUGUAAAGCCUGAAGAAUUUACCUACGAUGAUGUUGGGCGUCCAUAUUCUCCUGUCUACGAUGAUGUCGGUCCAGGCUCAGGAAGAAGGGCAGAGUCUGAAAACAGUUCUGAAGCUGGUGGUAGUGGCUAUGAAGAGUGCUGUAUGGAGAAAGGACAAAUGAGUGGUGGACAGGGAGAUAACCACAUUGAAGAAGACAUUUAUGACGAUGUUGAUGUUUGCACACUUACGGCACAGUCUGACUUUGAAUGUUAUGAAUCUAUUUGUGGGGGUAGUUCAUGUGAUCAAAGCAACAGUCUUUAUGGUGUUGCAUCUACAAUUAUUGCAGAGGACAGCAGUGGAUCAGGAAACAGUAAUGUGGCACCCCGCAGUGAGACAAGCGAUGAGUGGGUCGAUAUAGAGCAGUCAGACUGCGAUACAACUGCCUCCACCCCUACUAUCUUACUGGUUCAAGACAGGAUGAGAACUCGAAGGAGCCCAUCGUGGUCACACCAGGUGCGACAGACAUGGAACAAGUCGCUGUCACAGAACAGACUGUCACAGGAGGAAAAUGUUGACAGUGAUGGUGUCUGCAUCUCGUCCCCUUCACUCAUUUACCUGGGAGGCGCGAGCUGCCUCCCUGCUGGGAACCGGGAACCCCCUGCCCGGGGUCCCGCGCCAGUGAAUGCCCGCCUCGUGCUGUGGGUCGGUGGCACGAGGGAGUGUCAGGAAGUGGUGGCGUUUCUUGACAGGGAAGGUGAAGAAAACUCGUCGGGCUCUGACACGGAUCAUCAUUACGAGAUGCUGGAUGACAUUGUGGCCAAAAAUAAUCUCAAUAAUAAUGAGAUUCCGUUUGAUGAUUUUGAUUCAUUUGAUUCAGAUGAAUCUGAUGAUACCUACAUCAGGUCAUUGGAAAAGAUUGAGACAAAUGGUAUCCACCGCCGAUUACCAGCUCCUCCUCCGCAGCAAAAUGUCUAUGGCAUCACAAAAAUAGCUGAGGCUGCUGGAAAGAAAAUGCUUAAACUUCGGAAGAGCUUUGGAAGGAUGAAGUCAGCAAAGAGGAGUACUGCUCAGCUUUCACCCAGUGGCGGCCAGACACCUCUGGCAACCCCCGCAGCCACUGUCGCCAUUCCUCUGGUUGAACCCUUGCCAGCCGCCACCACUGCCUCACCUCCACAACCACCGGAGUCUCGUCUACAGCGAGAGGCUCCUCAACCGGACUCGGGCAGUCGGGGACCUCCGAGGAGUCGCAAGUACUGGUCACUGCGAAAGUUCCGCAGAACUACAUCGGUUGUUUCGGCGUCCCAGGCCUCGGUUGCCACUUCGAUUGCCAAUUCUCGAAAGACGAGUUCCACUUUUUACCUGGCCACAGGAGGAGAAGCUUCUAAAGACGAUGACAGCAGCACGGGGAAGGAGUACGACGGGGUGACUGGUGGACCGGACCGCCGUGCCAGCAGCCCCGCGGUCACCUCGCAGCCGCAGCCUGCCGGCUCUGUGCUCAGGCCCAGCGAGCCUCCUCCGCUGCCACCCACCACUGCUCCUGCACCAGCUCCUGCUCCCGUGGCAGCCUCGCAAGUGCCGACUGCUGUUUCUAGAAGGCCAAACAAAAAGGAUAAGAAGGAAAAGACAGGAGGAAGCACCUCCUGGUAUGCUGAAUGUGGACUGUUUGAUGGUGCAACAGAAGCAGAUGAUAAAGCAGGCAGCAGACGGUCCGCAGCAGUGGCGGGUGGAGGCAGUGGCAGCGGGAGCAGCUGGUACGCGGAAGCUGGGCUCUGGGGCUCGCUCACUUCUAGUCCCAACAGCAGUGACACCUCCGAGCAAGACAAUUCUGGACAAGGAACAGUGAGUGCUGUUACGGAAACAUCAGUACCUGAUACCAGUCGUGAAAAUGGCGAGGAAAACCAAACGUGUUUCAGAGAUGAACCACUCUACCAGUUCUACAAUGCCGAUGCUGUCGAGAGGUACAUGCGCGGUGGCAGUGAAAUGGAUUCGGAUGGAUAUGAGGAAGUAGGGCAGGGGGCAACAUCCUGAUUCGACCUCACCAUCUGUUGUUGUAAAAAGACCAUCUGCUAUGGAGCUUAUCUGUCCCCAAGAAGGUCAACGUACCCUCUGGUGCCAAAUACCAGAAGUUGUUAACAGUGCUGUUCUCAGUACUCUCAGUUCCCAACAGAAGAGGCUACAGGAAGCAAAAUUUGAAAUUAUAACGUCUGAAGCAUCAUACAUGAAUUCCCUGAAUGUUUUGGAGAAGCAUUUUAUGAGUAGUCCUGAGCUAUGUGAUGAGUCAGUACUUUCUAAAAAUGACAGGAGGGUACUGUUUGGGAAUGUUAUGCCAGUGAAAAAUUGCUCGGAAAAUUUCUGUCAGAACUGGAGCACUGUUGCAAGAUGAUGUUCUCCUGCAAGGUAUCUGUGACAUUGUCUACAGACAUGCUACAGGGCACUUCAACAUAUACAUUAAAUACUGCUCUAA